AUGGAUGUGUCCAACGCGGAAACGGACUCCGAAAUUGGGGGCACCUUUAAGUUGACGGAGCCCCGCGUUUCCCGUCGGCGGUCGUCAAUCAAUGCCUUUUCCGACGAGUUGAUCAACUGCCAACUCUGUCACAGCCGUUUCAAAAAUCCGAAAAGCCUCGCGUGUCUUCAUUCGUUCUGUGAAACCUGCUUGAACGUUUACAUCGCGAAGCUCCCCGGCGCGAAGAACCGCUUCUUUCCGUGCCCAAUCUGCCGGGAACUAAACGCCGUACCGAAGACUUCCGGUGAAGGGGACAUGACGUCACGGACUUCUGUUAACGGACCGCGGUCCAACAGGUCUUCAAUUGCAUCGCUGCCAUCGCCAACAGACCGAGGCGAACGUGCGACGAUGGCGCUUCAGAUUCGCGCAGACCGGAAGUGCGAUCCGUGUCACGAAAACUCGGACAUUGUUGCGGCGCUUUACUGGUGCCCCACGUGCCGAGAAGCGCUAUGCGACAUGUGCACAAAGAGCCACAGGGGGAUGCGGAUAACGAAAACUCACGCGCUUAUGGACAUUGAUGACGCUCGGGAGCGCCCGACGCGCAUGAUCCAAUCGCACGAGAUCUGCCCGGAUCACCGAGGGAAGCUGCUUGAUCUCUUCUGCCAGGAUCACCAGUAUCCGGUGUGCGCAACGUGUGUCGCCUUAAACCAUCGACGCUGCGACACCAUUCUGGCGAUAGAUCGCGCCGCGCGCAACAUUCGGACCAAGAAAACUAACAGGACGCUGGCGCAGCGACUGAAACACGCGAUAGAAAUUGUUGAAACCGUCUUGGCGACGAAAGAAGGCGCCCGGUCCAGGCUUAUCACUCGGAAGGAGACCAUAUUAGACGAGGUUUCAAAACUAAAGAUGUCAGUUAUACAACUUUUGGACGAGCUGGAGGAUAAAAUAAAGGACGAAGUGGACGCCGUAUGCCGUGACUAUGAAGACAUCCUUCAGGGCAAGGUCGACCGCAGUCGGGGACUGAGGGACUCCAUACAGAGCGCACUUAGCGUCAUGACGGACGGGGCAGACACAGGAACUGACUAUCAACAGGUUAUUGCAAAUCAAACCUUGAGAGAUGAGUGUGAAAAGUAUGAACAAAUGGCUGACGAAGAGCGGGUUGAUUACAAAGAAGUCGAUUUGGUCUUUACCGCCGAUGAAAAUCUAGUACGAAUGGCCAAGAUGCUUGACAGAAUCGGCUACGUGGAGAUUUCGGAGAAAAGGGAGAUAACCAAACCGUUCCGCAACUGCUCAGCGCAGAAAAAUGGCGUCUUGAACGGCAAAAUCAAGGGCGACCGCAAUGGUUGUAUUUUCAACUCCGUUGACAUAGGGGAAGCAGGCGACAUCAUUUUGUCAGAUUUCAACAAUUGCAGCGUGAAGUUGUUCGACCAGUACGGCAUGUUCCGGUCACAGGCGAAGCUAAACUCACCACCACGUGGCGUCUGUCUGUUUCCGGACAAGAUUGCCGCAAUUGCGCUACCGGAAGAAGGUCUCAUCAAGCUGAUGUCCAUCGAGGGGAAGUUCCUGUCGCACCUACGAGAGCUGCACACCUCUUUCAAAGCCUACCGGAUAUGCAACUUCCGGAGUAAGCUGAUGGGGAUAUGUUACUCAAAGGCCUGCAGAAGCUUGUCGAUUUUUGAGCGCAACGGAAGGAUCGAGAAAACGAUCACCCGGAAGCGCGAUUACAAGGGCCUAGGUGGCGUGGCCUACGAUCCGGUUAAGAAUUUCAUGUACAUGUCCGAUAGGGACGCCAUCACUUGUUUUAAUGGCGCAGGGAAACAAAUUUUUCGGAACACGUACAGAAAAACGGACCUGCGCGGAAUGGCGAUCGAUUGUCAAGGAAACAUUUACGUCUGCUCACACGACUCGGGUCAGGUCCUGCAGAUCGCUCCAGACGGAACGCUGAUCAAGUCUAUCUUAGUCCCGAUCUCACCGCAAGAUGUCGCCAUCGAGCCGAUGGGAAACAAAAUGGUGGUUGUAGGUCUUGGAGAAAUUGUUCACAUAUACAAUCUCAUUUAAUGUGUAUAAAUGGUGUUGCAUGCGCGUGAAAGAUACUGAUAACUUUCGACAUGUAGAGAUUUCCAUUGACAUCGCACCUUUAAAUAAUAUUCUCAACUAAAAUGCUACAUGUUUGUUACAUCGUAUAGCAUAUGGAUGUUGCUGUAGUUUUUAAUAAUUAAAAACUUGUUAAUACAUGUAUACACAAAUGUAUGCAGUGUUGAAAGCAUUAAAUCAUCCAAAAAACGUUAAGUAUGUAUCCAUUUAGAUCAUUCAACGAAUGUAUAAUUGUUUAAACAUUUCAAAAAAUAACAUUGAGUGCGCGUGCUUUCCUUUCUUAAAAUCAUGUAUCUUAUUUGUCAAACAUGUAUAUCAGGUCUAAUUCGGACAAUAAUCAGCACAGUCUGUAGCAGGUACAUGUAUUGUUCUUUUGUAACAAACGUAAUAAACAUGCAGCACCAUUUGCUAAGAUUAUAAGUGCCUGAUCUUGAAAAAAUUGUUUUCCUGUACCAUUUUAGCAAGCGAUUGCAACUAUCAUUAUUUGUGUAAAGAGUUUUUUUAGUAAUAUACUUUAAAUAUAUGUUGGAG